ACGAUAAACCCAAAUGACGCAAUGGGAAUGGGGAGAAAGCGAAGAGCGAAGAAGGAGGAAAUUAGCAUUACUAUGGAUCAAAUCAGCUUCGAUCCUGAUUUGAUCCACGCUAUCUUCAAGCACGUUUGGAGCAGAAGAACUCUUGAGCGCGAGGGGAAGGAAGGCGAUGAUGUCACAGAACGUGAGGCAGGAGUUGGAACAUCCAAGAAGAACAGACCAACCUCUGCUAAUGCAAAAGCACUGAAGCUGAGUUGUGAACUUCUUCGAGUUUUCCUCGCAGAGGCUGUGCAGCGCGCUGCUACAGUUGCUGAGGUUGAGGGUGCUAAUAAGAUUGAAGUAACUCAUUUUGAGAGGAUUCUUCCCCAGUUACUUUUGGAUUUUUAAGGCAUUCGAGGGAGGACCUGCACAUUGUUUUUGCAUGACUUGAUAUCCCUACAGAUUUCCCAGUAAGUUCAAGACAAGGAUAUUAUAGUUGACACUUUUUGAAAACUAAAAUAUGUUGGCAUUUCAAUCGGUUCCUUGAAAAUUAAUUUAAAUGCAAUGGUCUUUUUUUCUCUCAUGGGAACCAGUGGAAGACUCUUGUGUUUAUACAUAUUUUUUUUAUCUGUGCAUAAUUCAAAUUUGUGAACUUUUGAGUUCCUUGGUUUA